AUGGAGUCGUCGUCGUCAUUGAAGUCGGUAGUAGCGGAGUAUGAAGAACGAAACUGGAUGGAUCUUCCGCGAGACGUGCUGUGUACCAUUUUCCAGAAGCUCGGUGCAAUCGAAACCCUCAAGCGCGCCCAGCACGUGUGCUCUGUGUGGCGCUCCAUUUCGAAGGACCCUCUCCUGUGGCGUACCAUCGACAUGAGCAAUUCCGGCGACAUGGACUUCCAGUUAGGCAUCAUGUGCCGCCGCGCAAUUGACUAUAGUUGCGGCCACUUGCUCCAUAUCAACAUCGAGAAUUUCGGCACCGAUGAUCUCCUCCGCCACAUCACCGAUUCGUGA